CAAACAAAAGCAUAGCAACACGUUAUUUUACGGAUAGUAAAAUGUUUAAUAAUACGCUAUGUGAUGUGACUUAUCUCGUAAGUGAAGGUCGCAGUGGUUUAUCAGAUAAAGUAUCGGAAUGUUUAAGUAGUUUCCAACAUAUCCCAUACAUAACUGCGGCCUUUGUCUGCGUUCUUUUUUGCUGUUACUACAAUCGAGAUCGAAGAUCUGGCGGAAAAGACGUAUGGGUGAGUCCAGUUGCAGUCUUCGAUGAUGGCGAAUAUCACAGACUUUUGUUUGGACCAUUUCAUCACAUGGACGAAGGACACUUGACGCUGAACCUAGCCCUAUUUGCUGUGAAGUCCGCUAUUCUAGAACAGAUAUACAAACCUGGCUACCUAUUAUAUAUGAUCAUUGUUUUCACAUUUCUCAGCAGCCUGUUUUGUAUAUUUCUUAGAAUUUUGGCAGCAGUCUUUUACAAGGACGUGGAUAAUUAUAAUAAAAGUCUUGUUCGAGGAUGUGUAGGCAUAUCAGGAGUAAUAUUUGCAUUGAAAGUUUUGAUUUCUGACUUUACGAAAGUCGACGAGUUUGUUUACUGGAUCGAGCUGAUCGUGGUACACAUUACGUCCCCUGGUACUUGUUUCACAUCCCAUCUCGGUGGAAUAUUAGUCGGAGUAUUGUACAAGUACACUUUUCUCCAACGCCUCAUGUAUUUUGGGGGUCUGGAUGAGAUUGCUUUAAGAAGUUAUGGUGCAUGAAAUGACUGUACACGUUUAUAGAAAGGUAGUAGGGUACAUGUUUUAAUGUAUACCUAUUUCCGCAGAACGUCUUCGUUGAGAGGAUAAUUAACAUGGGACAGAACCACGUGUGAUUCUAUGGGAUCUUAAAUUGUGCAAUACUGUAUAAGAAUCCAUUUGAAUGGAUGGUAAGCAAUUUAUAUAAAAGAAUUAAGUGUGUUACAUGUAUUUCAAGUUUUUUCGAGGAUUACAAAGAUAUGAU